GCCCUCUCCCCUGCCUCCCUCUCUCCUCCCUCUGGGUCUCCGGGGAACCAGUGUCUGAAUUUCCAAUCCCUCAAUGGCUCUAGCAGUGAAACUAGACAGAUUGGGAGGUAGGGCACAUUUGGCUGAAAGGCGGCUCUUUGCUUUCUUAUUAUGCUGCUUCCCCUUCCUCUUUUCCCAAAUAGAUAUGUAAACACACGUAUUUUCCAGUUUAAAUUUAGCAAAUUGGUUCUCUGCCUGUGCCUUGAUUUAGCUAUUGGGUUGAGCCUUGCUCCUCCCUUCCCUGUUCGGAUAGGAGCCACUGGGAUCUGGAGCUCGUGCUUCCAAAUUGAAGCUGGCCUCAGGCCAGGUGACCUUUUCUUUGAUUCUCUCGUCCAGGCAUCUCCUCCAGUGGGAUCCGCCAGCUUGUCCAGCAGCACCAUGUGGGUGACAAAACUUCUGCCAGUCCUGCUGCUGCAGCAUGUCCUCCUGCACCUCCUCCUGCUUCCCAUCGCCAUCCCCUAUGCAGAGGGACAGAGGAAAAGAAGAAAUACACUUCAUGAAUUCAAAAAGUCAGCAAAAACUACCCUAAUUAAAGAAGAUCCAUUACUGAAGAUAAAAACCAAAAAAAUGAACACAGCAGACCAAUGUGCCAAUAGAUGUAUUAGGAAUAAAGGACUUCCAUUUACUUGCAAGGCCUUUGUCUUUGAUAAGGCAAAGAAACGAUGCCUCUGGUUCCCAUUCAAUAGCAUGUCAAGUGGAGUGAAAAAAGGGUUCGGCCAUGAAUUUGACCUCUAUGAAAACAAAGACUACAUUAGAAAUUGCAUCAUUGGCAAAGGGGGCAGCUACAAGGGAACAGUAUCUAUCACUAAGAGUGGCAUCAAAUGCCAGCCCUGGAAUUCCAUGAUACCACACGAACACAGCUUUUUGCCUUCGAGCUAUCGAGGUAAAGACCUACAGGAAAACUACUGUCGAAAUCCUCGAGGGGAAGAAGGGGGACCGUGGUGUUUCACAAGCAAUCCAGAGGUACGCUACGAAGUCUGUGACAUUCCUCAGUGUUCAGAAGUUGAAUGCAUGACCUGCAAUGGGGAAAGUUAUCGAGGUCCCAUGGAUCACACAGAAUCAGGCAAGAUUUGCCAGCGCUGGGAUCAUCAGACACCACACCGGCACAAAUUCUUGCCAGAAAGAUAUCCCGACAAGGGCUUUGAUGAUAAUUAUUGCCGCAAUCCUGAUGGCAAGCCGAGGCCGUGGUGCUAUACUCUUGACCCUGACACCCCCUGGGAGUACUGUGCAAUUAAAAUGUGCGCUCACAGUACUAUGAAUGAUACUGAUCUUCCUAUGGAAACAACUGAGUGCAUUCAAGGUCAAGGAGAAGGUUAUCGGGGCUCGACCAAUACAAUUUGGAAUGGAAUUCCAUGUCAGCGCUGGGAUUCCCAGUAUCCUCACCAGCAUGACAUAACUCCUGAAAAUUUCAAGUGCAAGGACCUAAGAGAAAACUAUUGCCGAAAUCCAGAUGGAGCUGAGUCACCCUGGUGUUUUACCACUGAUCCAAACAUCCGAGUUGGCUACUGCUCCCAAAUUCCAAAAUGUGACGUGUCAAGUGGACAAGAUUGUUAUCGUGGGAAUGGCAAGAAUUACAUGGGUAGUUUAUCCAAGACAAGAUCUGGACUAACGUGUUCCAUGUGGGAUAAGAAUAUGGAAGACUUACACCGGCAUAUUUUCUGGGAACCAGACGCUAGUAAGCUGAAUAAGAAUUACUGCCGGAAUCCUGAUGAUGAUGCCCAUGGUCCCUGGUGUUACACGGGGAAUCCUCUCAUUCCUUGGGAUUAUUGCCCCAUUUCUCGUUGUGAAGGUGAUACCACACCUACAAUAGUCAACUUGGACCAUCCUGUAAUAUCAUGUGCCAAAACAAAACAAUUGCGAGUUGUAAAUGGGAUUCCAACGCGAACAAAUGUAGGAUGGAUGGUUAGUUUGAAAUACAGAAAUAAACAUAUCUGCGGAGGAUCAUUGAUAAAAGAAAGUUGGGUUCUUACCGCAAGACAAUGUUUUCCUUCUCGAAACAAAGACUUGAAAGAUUAUGAAGCUUGGCUUGGAAUUCAUGAUGUCCAUGGAAGAGGAGAUGAGAAACGCAAGCAGGUCCUCAAUGUUUCCCAGCUGGUAUAUGGGCCUGAAGGAUCAGAUCUGGUUUUACUGAAGCUCGCUCGGCCUGCAGUCCUGGAUGACUUUGUUAGUACAAUUGACUUACCUAAUUAUGGAUGCACAAUUCCUGAAAAGACCACUUGCAGUGUUUAUGGUUGGGGCUACACUGGAUUGAUCAACUCUGAUGGUAUAUUAAGAGUAGCUCAUCUCUAUAUUAUGGGGAAUGAGAAAUGCAGCCAGUAUCAUCAAGGGAAAGUGACUCUGAACGAGUCUGAAAUAUGUGCUGGAGCUGAAAAGAUUCGAUCAGGUCCAUGUGAGGGGGAUUAUGGUGGCCCACUUGUGUGUGAACAACAUAAAAUGAGAAUGGUUCUUGGUGUCAUUGUUCCUGGUCGUGGAUGUGCCAUUCCAAAUCGUCCUGGUAUUUUUGUCCGAGUAGCAUAUUAUGCAAAAUGGAUACACAAAAUUAUAUUAACGUAUAAAGUACCACAGACAUAGCUGAAGUGUGUCUGAAACUUCCAUCAAUAGAGUUCUUUUUUACAUGAAGAUUUCAGAGAAUGUGGAAUUAAAAUGUCACUUAUAACAACCUGAAGACAACUACUUGAGUGUCAAGUUUGUUAAGAUACUCAUUAACAUUUGUGGGUGUUUCUGUUGUUUUGUUUGUCAGUGUUAUUUUGUAAAUGUUGAAGUGAAUUAAGGUACAUGCAAGUGUAGUAACAUAUCUCCUGAAGAUACUUGAAUGGAUUACAAAAUACAAAGGUAUAAUCGCUUGAUGAUAAAAGAUUUAAUGGAAAAGAUCUACGCUGCUUUCCAAGGUUAGAUUCUUAAUGCAUAAACCAUAAGUUAAAUGUUAUUUUAACCUCACCACAACCAUUUAUUACUUUAUGUCCUUGAAUUGUAACUCUAUUUAAAUUAUAUUCCCUUUCAUAUGCCACAGAUUAUAUUUCAUGCAUUUCUCCUCACCCUGUAUCCUACUAUACUACUACACAAACAUACUUCAACAAACAUACCCAUACACCCAUGCCUAGGUACACAUGUGCAUAGAGUUCAAAUUGUGUUGUAUCUAAUGUAACCCCUAAACAUUUUAGAAGUGUGUACCUAUAGUUUUUCCUUAUGAAAAAACAGAAAUUUCUAAAGGACAAUAGAAAUAUUAAGAAAAGGCGCAAAAUGGAAGAGCCUAGUUCAUUCUUCAUACAUAAUCUGCAGCUGAUUCUCACUGAUUGGCGCUUAAGGUGUGAUCACGAUCCACAGAGUUAAACAAUGCCUAGUCUAGGUUAUUACAUAUAUUUUUUAUCCUAGUUAUUUUAUGUAGCUUCUAAUUCUUAUAGGGAAGAAGGGUAAUAUGUAUAUUUGUAUUAUUUCCUUCCUCCAAACUUAAUCCAAUUAUUUAUGCAAGAUGCUUUCAGAUCUACUUUUCUAAAUCAUUUCUUAGAUAGUGUCAAGAUAAAGAAGUUUAAAAGUGUUUUCGUCAUUAAAUGUAAUUCAUUUUAAGACUUGCUGAUGUGACUGGCUUUUAGCUCACCCUCUUUAUAGUUUUGAAAAUUAUUUAAGGGCAAAAGUUCUAUAUAGCUCCUAAGUUUUGUAAAGCCCAUCAUCAAUUCAUGCAUUGAAGUAUAUAUUGAAGAAAAAAAGUACUUUUCUCAACUUGCAAAUCUUUUAGCCUAAUAAAGCUUUACUCAUGUAAAAGGAAAAAAAGAAAGGAAUUAGCUUGUCUAAAAUUUGUAUUCAAUUAUUUUUUUAAAAGUAGAAUUGAAUUUGCUGAAUGUGAUAUUUUAUCAAAAUAUCUUCAUUUUCCCUUACUUCAUUUUACAUAGAUCUUUCCUAAUGCCAUGAAAAUAUUCAUUCGAUUUUCUUAUUCUGGUAUCAUAAUAGUCAAGUUAUCAUAUUAAUUACUGUAUCUGCACAACUGGUCAAAUCAUACAUUUUUCCAGAAAUGGGAUAACAAAGAGUAAGAGGGUAGACUUUCUGAAUUUUCACAAAAUCUUCCAGUAGAAAAGAUCUUAAAAAUACCAAUUUGAAUCAUCUGAAAACAGUAUUCCAAUUUCUCUGACUUGAUUCCUUUGAAUGAUCGCUAUUAAAGCCAGGAGUCUAAACAAUGAUCUAAUUCUGUUCAGUCUUGAAUAAAAUGGUUUUAAAUUUACUAGACAGCUUAAUCUACAGAGUAUCAAAAUUCAGAAACGCCUAUCCAGACUGUGCCAUAUUUCUUUGUAAAUGGUAUGUGCUGAUAUCAAGAAACUUACAGUGGACGCAGAGAGAGCUCCAACAAGUUACCAGUCCAUACCAUCUGAUCUGAUUGUAUUCUUCCUUCCCUGAUACAACACAUAAUUUUAAUCAAAAUCCAUAGAAAUUUCAAAGGCAUAUUGUCUAAAGAAUUUUUUACAUAGUUUUUCUUUUUUAACCUCUGACCUGCCUGGCCACAUUUUAUUAAUUCUCACAGUUUCUUUUUUUUUUUCCCCCCCCAGUGGAUGUGGCCUCAUUUUAUUAAUACACAUAUUAAUGAUAUUUGUAAAACAUUUAGACAAAUUUCAAUACUU